AUGCUUAAGAAGAAUCCUCCAGAGUGGUCUGAAAAGCAGACAAAUGCAGUCAAGAGUCUCAAGCGCGCAUCCUUCCACACACAGCCGUUGAAGAUUCCUUCUUCGGGGAAACACAUUUUUCAAACGGAUGCUAGUGACACUCAUUGGGGUGCAGUGCUUUUUGAACAAAAUGAGGACAAGGUACAACAUCUAUGCGGAUACCAGAAUGGACAAUUCAAACCACACCAGCAGCAUUAUCAUUCUACUUUCAAGGAAGUAUUAGCAGUCAAAAAUGUCAUUGAACGGUUUGAAUUCCACCUUGUUGGACAUCAUUUCUUUAUUGAAACGGAUAUCAAAUCUUUUGAUCAAAUGCUACGUUUCCACAAGAAAAAGGUUCCACAUUAG